GCUACUAGUAACAAAGGCAUUUCUGUAUAGGUUUCCGUCCCUCAGACUUCAGACGGCUUCUCGGGCCGCGUCUCUCAGAGUCACGGUUUCCACGUUUUCAGACACGGUUUCGUCGUCGCGUGCGUCGACGACCUGUCGCGACCUUGGUUCGUUCACAUGGAUUAUGCGAGCUUUCUUCAUUCGGAAUGAGAAGGGGUGGUUUCUCUUGCAAUGAGACGGCUCAAGUAUUCAGCCAUGUCAUGUCCCAAUCCCUUUCCUGCUUUGCCCGGAUCACAUGAAAAAGGAUCUGUUUCCGGCCAUCUUCCAUCGCAGUCAUCCGAGCCUCCACGUCAGUUGGAUCAUUUGGAGCACGCUUCUUUUGGGAGCGGCGCAAGUUCCGACGGAACUACCUGGACUGGUUUCCUUCUAUGAUACAGACCUGGAUUUAGGAGAGAUCGAGGGGGUGUUUCAAUUCGUGAAGGCGACUUCAGAGGCAAAUAUCGACAACUACAAUGUCUACUGGGGUUCUUCAGCUACUGUGAAGCUCUUGCCUUUUAUCCAACUGACCGCCAACGGCUUACCACCCAGCUACACCGUUCCAGCGAACACCCUCGUACCCUCGAGUGCGACCCACUUCCUCGUCUAUAGCUCCAACUCCUUUGGCGAAGCUGCGACGGCCUCGAGCCUGGCCUUCACCGAUCGGCACUUGCCGGUGGAGGGCCCCUCGGCGGUCGCCUUCACGGACACCGACGAGAAGCACGGGGAGGUGACUGGAACCAUCACUAUCACAAGAGCUUCAAGUGAGUCGGACAUCACAGACUAUGUCUUGUAUUGGGGCUCCUCACCGACAAGCUUCUUGUCGUACAUCGUUGCCUUGCCCGUGGCCAGUUCUCCCUUGACCUAUGACUUCAAUGGAGCCUUGGUGCCGACUGGUGGCACGCACAUCCUGGCCUAUUCGAUGAAUGCCCAUGGCCUGAAUGAAGCAAGCAUUGCAUCAGUCAGUGCCUAUGACAGGGCCCUUCCUGAAGAGAAUGCAACGUCCUUGAGCUUUACAGAUCUCGAUUUGGUGAAGAAUGAGAUUGGUGGUUUUAUCACUGUGGGCGCAGCGGUGGAUGAGAGCAUCAUCACUGGCUAUGCACUCUACUUUGCGACCAGCUCUGAUGGUCCGCCUGGACCCUUCGUGGGAUUGGCCACGGCCACCGGAAGUGAUGUGGCGUACUUCUUGCCGACGGAUACCGCCAUGCCCAGUAGCUAUCCAUAUUUGCUGGUGCGGAGUCGAAGUGCGGAUGGGGAGAUGGACAAUGGCAUUGGGAUCCCACUGGUGGAUCGAUACGUCCCGCAGUACCAGGCCCAAGCCAUCUCUUUUCAAGAUGAAGAUUUGCUCUCUGGAUUCAUCGCAGGGACGGUGGAAGUCACUGCGGCUGCCACCGAAACCGACAUUACCAAGUAUGGACUCUAUUUUGCAGACAUGUUCCAGCAACCAGUGUCAUUGAUUGUGGAUUUAGAGCAAGGGAGUUAUUUGAACUACAGCAUUCCUGCAGGUACCAGCAAGCCGAGCACGGCCGAAUAUUUGUUGGUGCUCAGCGGGAACCACUUUGGCUAUAUGACCACUGGUGUUUCUAUGACCUUGGUGGAUAGCGCUUAUCCCAUCAACCUCCCAAGCCAGAUUCAGUUUGAUGAUCUUGACAUGGAUGCAGGAGAGAUUGGAGGAUCUUUAACUGUCAUGAGAGCCACAGACGAGAGUGAUGUAACUUCAUACACGGCCUACUAUGGCAGCUCCAGCACGGCUGACUCCUCCACUCAAGUACAGCUGAUUGGUGAAAUCUCCAUUGCAAGCUUGCCGGGAGCAAGCACAUCAGCAGUCUUUACCAUUUCACUGAACACCAUCCCACCGACCGCCACUCACCUUUUAGCAUUCAGCAAGAAUGCUGUGGGCGAAAGUCUCAGUGGAAUAAGCACAUCCUUGGUCGACAAGACCAAUUUCUUUCCCACCGUGGCAGUGAGUAGCGUGGCUUUUGCAGAUGCCGACAGCGUCGUUCAGCAGGUGGGUGGAUCCGUCACAUGGCUGGCUCCCGCGAAUACAGCGGGCCUGACUCAUUAUUCAGUAGUUUUUGCACAAGAUGCCUCCGGCACGGGGCGCCUGACGAUGUGUGCAAGCAUUGCCAUUGGCAUCCAGAGCUGCGCAAUUCCACUGGGAACAUCCUUGGGGAGUGGUUUGAGCACAUUUACUCACAUCAUCGUGUUCACGAACAACGGAUUUGGUGAAGGUCCCGGGCAAGCGAUCACACUCACCGACUUGGCGGCGCCGGUGGCCAUCGUCUCCUCCGUCACCUUCGUGGACACCGAUCCGGGCACCGGACAGGUGGGUGGCACCGUGGCCUGGGCGGCGCCCGCCAACCCCGCGGGCGCUUCGCAGUUCACGGAGUACCGAGUCUACUUGACAGAUGAUGGCUUCAUGCCGACCAACUUGCAGCUCUUGGGCCAGUCGGCCUAUGGAAUCGACACCUUUCUCAUCGCCGAUGGCCAGGUGCUUGGGAACUUUACCCAUUUGGGUGUUUUCACCAAGAACGCGGCAGGGGAGGCCCUCACUGGCUCUUACGUCGCAGUGGUGGAUCGCUUCUUGCCACUCCUCGCGGUCUUGAACUUGUUUUUCGUGGAUUCCGACCUGACUGUGGGUGAGAUUGGCGGUGGGCUCAUUUGGGACGAGCCCGCUGAUGUCUCCAGCAUCACACAUUACAGCAUCCGCGCCGAGUGCGGAAGUCAGCUGGUUGUCUUGGGACAGGUGUCAGUUGGCACGACCAGCUUCCAGGUGCCGAGUGACACGCCGUUGGGCAACUGCAGCAGCCUACGGGUGGUGGCACAGAAUGAUCUUGGUGACUCGCAGAUCUUUGCUGAGAGAAGUAUCGAGGACAAGUCCAUUGAGAGUUGCCCAAACGUCAGUGAGCAUUCCUUCUCUUCCAGCCAGUGGCGUUUGGUGCCUCACAAGGGCGCCACCAGCAAAUGGCGUCUCCAGGGCGUGCGCUUCUAUGAGGACGCGCUUUGCACCAUGCAGAUCGCCACGGUGCCGGACCGGUGGCCACGGCGAGCGAACGUGCUGCCGGGCGCACCUUUCGCAGUGCCGGGUGCACCGGUGCUGCAUGAAAUCUUCAAGCUUGGAGUUCCAGCAGGCGGUGCAGAAAGGCCAUGGUGGUCCAGUGGGACGCUUGGAGGUGCAAGCAGCGCUAGGUUUUGAAGCUCGGGACUCUCAUCAAUCUGAGUGACUAGUGCAGUCGCACACCGAAAGCCAUCGGUGGGAUCCUACAAGAACCUGGUUUUCUCAGUCACACUAUUGGUUCAAUCUUCAAGAAUUCACUAGCGGCACUUGGAUUUCUUCGGUUGAGCUGUUCUGCCAAAAGGGCUGACAUAUUGAAAGAUGAAACUUGGGGAGCCGUCCCUUGGAAGCAGGAGGCGGCUCAGACUUGCAGUUCCCUGUCCUUAGCAACCUCAAGAUCACCUCCCCGCCAACAACCCCCUCUGUGAAAAGGCAAAUAGACCUGUCUACCCAUUCCCAAAUCAAGUCCUUCAAAGCCCUUUCUUUCUGUAUAUAUUGUUUUUUUCUAGUCCCACAUGGUAAGCAGGUGAGACUUGCAAGGACGAAACCUAAAUAAAUAAUGGAAGUGCAACUGCCCCAGUUUCGCGAGUUUCCCAUAAGCUGGACUCGACAAAAACAUAUGCUUCCAUCUCUACCCCGCCAACCUUGGUUUUGGAUGCUUCAAACAAUAAGUUACAAUUCCCAGGACCCACCUGACCCAAAAUCGAAGGUAACUUUUGCUUGUCCUUGCUGUGUAGAGCUUGAUGGACUGCAGCAGCCUCCUGGCCUGUUUCGCCAAUCCCAGGGUGCCUUGUCCUCCCUAUGAGCCCGGCAACAGCUCAGCCCCACACUGCGCCAUUGGCUACCGAUGGGAGUCAGACGUCACCGGCACGGUGCAUGGACUAGGGACCACGGGUCAAGUGAAACGUGAAGGGCAUCAGAUUCAUUGCGUCGAGCUCGACCAAUCAACUGUGCCAGGCGAAUACGCCACGGACCUGUCUUUGCAGUGGUACGAUGCCAACAGCGGUCGCUUUCGGAGCUUGCUCCGGCGUCAUGCCUUUGGUGGGCCGCUGGUGAUGUCUUACCAAGGCGUUUUGGCCUUGGAAUGCGCAGCACUUGGUGCAUAAAUGCGCUUGAUCUGGAUAAAGCUCAGAUUUGACUCGCUCAGAGAACUUGUCUUGAAAUAGGAGGUCACUUAAUGUGGCCCCUAUCAAUGGGAAAGAGCUUCUGAACAAGAGGACGACACGGAGCAAGGGGUACCAGCAGCUGUUCCGCAAGCUUCCACGUCACAAGCUCGAGCAACGAAUUUGGGGUCGUCAAUGGUCGUCAAUGAUCUCAUGUUCUACGUGAUAGAUGACGAAUGUGCCUUCAUGGCCCGUGCGCGAUUCCAUCUUGGACGGCAUUGAAGAGACCCUACGGGACACAACCUCCAUUUGACAAUCCCUCGAC